GAUCCUGCGCCGGGGGACGGGCUGAGCCAUGUGGGGCCGCUACCUGGCGGCGCGGCGGCUGCUGAGCCUCAGCCGGACUUUGAAUCAAAAGUCAUGGAGGUGGAAGAGUGGGUCUGCAAAUGAAAAAGCACUACAAUACAAGAUAGGAGAACGAAUCCAUGGGUUCACUGUAAACCAGGUAACAGCUGUUCCUGAGCUAUUCCUAACUGCAGUGAAGCUUAGUCAUGAGAACACAGGAGCCAAAUAUUUACAUGUGGCACGUGAGGACUCCAAUAAUUUAUUCAGUGUACAAUUUCGUACCACCCCGUUGGACAGUACUGGUGUUCCACAUAUCCUUGAACACACUGUGCUUUGUGGUUCUCAGAAGUAUCCUUGCAGAGAUCCUUUCUUUAAAAUGUUAAACAGAUCACUGUCCACUUUCAUGAAUGCAUUUACAGCCAGUGAUUACACACUCUACCCAUUUUCAUCACAAAAUCCAAAGGAUUUUCAGAAUCUCCUGUCCGUGUAUUUGGAUGCUGCUUUUUUCCCAUGUUUGCGACAACUAGAUUUCUGGCAAGAAGGUUGGAGGUUAGAACACGAGAAUCCGACUGAUCCUCAGACACCACUAGUCUUCAAAGGAAUUGUUUUUAAUGAAAUGAAAGGGGCAUUUACAGACAAUGAGAGGUUAUUCUCACAACAUCUACAGAAUAAACUCCUUCCUGAUCACACUUAUGCUGUAAUAUCUGGUGGAGACCCAUUAAGUAUUCCUGACCUUACAUGGGAACAGCUUAAACAGUUCCAUGCCACUCAUUAUCAUCCAAGCAAUGCUAGGUUCUUCACUUAUGGUAACUUCCCAUUGGAGCAGCAUUUGAAACAAAUUCAUGAAGAAGCGCUGACUAAGUUUCAUAGAAUUGAACCAAAUACUGCCAUCCCAGUACAGCAACUCUGGGAUAAGCCUAGAGAGCAUCAUGUGAAAUGUGGCUCAGAUUCAUUUGCUGCAGACCCUACAAAGCAGACAACUAUCAGUGUCAGCUUCCUGUUGACAGACAUUACAGAUACUUUUGAAACUUUCACGCUUAACCUGUUGUCUUCCCUGUUGGUUGGUGGACCUAAUUCUCCCUUCUACAAAGCCUUACUUGAGGCCAAUCUUGGUACAGACUUUUCUCCUGAUGUUGGGUUUAAUGGCUGCACGAGAGAGGCUUACUUCAGUGUAGGCCUGCAGGGAAUUGCUGAGAAAGACAUUGAAACAGUCAAACAAAUUACUGCUAGAACAAUAGAUGAAGUUAUUGAAAAAGGAUUUGAGGAAGAGAGGAUUGAAGCUCUACUUCACAAAAUUGAAAUCCAGAUGAAGCAUCAGUCUACAAGUUUUGGACUUGCCCUGACAUCAUACAUAGCUUCCUGCUGGAAUCAUGAAGGAGACCCUGUGGAACUUUUGAAGAUUGCAGACAAAGUGACUCAGUUCAGACAGCACCUCAAGGAAAACCCAACAUUUCUUCAAGAAAAAGUUAAACAGUAUUUUAAGGAUAAUCCACAUAGAUUGACUCUGUCGAUGAGUCCAGAUGAAAGCUACUAUGAAAAACAAGCAAAAUUGGAAGCAGAAAAACUGAAACAAAAGGUUAAUGCUCUUUCUGAAGAAGAGAAGAAACAAACGUAUGAAAAAGGUUUGGAAUUAAUUGCUCUUCAAAGCAAACCUCAGGAUACCUCCUGUCUCCCGGCUCUAAAAGUAUCUGACAUUGAGCCUACAAUCCCAUUCACUGAGUUGGAGAUGGCAUUUGCAGCUGAUGAAAUCCCUGUCCAGUACUGUGCUCAGCCGACCAAUGGGAUGGUAUAUUUCAGAGCUGUUUCCAGCUUGAACACACUUCCAGAGGAACUCAAACCAUAUGUGCCACUCUUCUGCAAUGUCAUUACUAAAAUGGGCUGUGGAGCCCUUGGUUACAGAGAGCAAGCCCAGCAAAUGGAGCUAAAAACAGGUGGCAUGUCUGUCUGCCCACACAUCAUUCCAGAUGAUUCACACCUGGAUGCGUAUGAACAGGGUGUGCUCUUUUCUUCUCUGUGCCUGGAUAGAAAUCUGCCAGACAUGAUGCACUUAUGGAGUGAAAUCUUUAACAACCCACGCUUUGAAGAAGAGGAGCAUUUUAGAGUACUGGUUAAGAUGACUGCGCAAGAGCUGUCAAAUGGAAUUCCUGAUUCUGGGCAUUUAUAUGCAUCCGUUCGAGCUAGCAAAACCCUUACACCUGCCGGAGAGUUACAAGAAAUGUUUAAUGGCAUGGAUCAGGUGAAACUGAUUAAGCGAAUUGCAGAAAUGUCUGAUAUUAAACCAGUACUACGCAAACUACCACGCAUUAAGAAAUAUUUAUUAAACAGUGAUAACAUGAGAUGUUCAGUGAAUGCUACACCUCAACAGAUGUCACAAGCAUCUAAAGAAGUAGAAAACUUUUUAAAGGGCAUUGCUAGAAGCAAAAAAGAGAGAAAACCUGUCCGCCCCCAUGUGAUUGAGAAGUCUCCAGAGCCCGUGCCUGUUGGAAGGGAAAGGCUUAAUUGUUCACAAAUCACAAGGAAACUAAUUACUGAGCCUACCUUCAAACCAUGUCAGAUGAAGACCCAUUUUCUACUUCCCUUCCCAGUGAAUUAUGUUGGAGAAUGCAUUCGAACUGUUCCCUACACAGCUCCUGACUAUGCAAGCCUUCAGAUCCUUGCACGGUUGAUGACAGCUAAAUUCUUGCAUAGGGAAAUCAGAGAGAAAGGAGGUGCUUAUGGAGGAGGUGCUACACUCAGUAAUAGUGGCAUAUUCACUUUCUAUUCUUACAGGGAUCCAAAUUCUACAUCAACCUUCUCAACUUUUGAAAAAGCAGCUGAAUGGGCUCAGUCUGGGGAAUUUGCACAGCAAGACAUUGAUGAAGCCAAGCUUGCAGUGUUUGCAGCUGUAGAUGCUCCUAUAGCUCCUUCAGACAAAGGGAUGAAUCAUUUCUUGAAUGGUAUCUCCAAUGAGAUGAAGCAGAGACACAGGGAGCAGCUUUUUGCUGUCAGCAGUGAUCACCUUAUUGAUGUGGCAAACAAAUACCUUGCAGGUGGGAAGAGCACCCGAGGACUGGCUGUACUAGGCCCAGAGAAUCCGCACAUUGCCAAAGAUCCAUCCUGGGUCAAACGAUAACAUUUGUUACUGAAAAUGGCUUAAGAGAAAUAAAACAAUCCAAUUC